AUGGCGGCUGCACCGUUGAGUCUGGGGGAGCAAAUCUCAGAAGAUCUGUCCUGCAGCAUCUGCCUGGAGCUGUUCACAAGGCCCAAGGUGCUGCCCUGUCAGCACACCUUCUGUCAGGACUGUCUACAGGACCAUGCAGGGAGGGGAGGGACCUUCCAGUGCCCAAUCUGUCGCAAGCAAGUCAAGCUGCCAGGCAAGGGGGUUGCAGCUUUGCCCGACAAUCUCAUGGCAGCAAAUAUGUGUGAAACGCUACAAAACCGGGCUACACUGUCAGGGGAAAGAAGGGAGCAACCCCAGUCUGAAAACAUGUGCAGUUUUCACCCCUCGAAGGGGCUUGAAUUGUACUGCAAACUGUGUCAGAUACAAGUUUGCGAACAGUGUUCAGAGGAAACUCAUAAUGGCCACGGCACAACAACCAUCAAAAAAGCUGUGCAGGAAAGGAUACCUGCAGUCCAGGCCUUGAUCCACGAGGGGAGGAACAUUUUGGGAGGUUAUCACAGCUUCAUGAAAGGUCUAGGACAGACAGAGAAAAACCUGAAUAGAAAGAAACAGGAGACAGACAAAGGCAUCCACCAGGCCUACAACCAAAUGGUGAAGAAACUAGAAAAGAGAAGGGACCAACUCUUGUCUGAAGCAGAAAAAGAUCACAAGAAAAACUUACAGAAAAUACAGAGUGGAAGAGACAGUGUGUCGGCAGACAUCAAUGAACUGUCUGCUGCCUGUGGUCAAGCAGAACAAGAAAUGGAGAGGAAAGGAAAGGAGCUUCUUAGUCAGGAAACUAUUUUGACACUGACAGUAGGAAAGUACAGAGGAAAAGCAGCACCAACUCCUGUACAAACCCAGCCUGCUGUCUUUCAGCCCACAGACACCCCCGUGCCAGUAUUGGGACAUGUGAUGGUCCAGUCUCUCCCAAAGGCACCAAUCCCAGCAGCACCUGCAGCAAGGGGCAGAGGUCAUCACCAUGGUAACCAAAGGCAGUCUGUCCGGUCUCUCCCAUCUGCAUCAAUCCCACCACCAAGAACAAGAGGACCACCUCCAUCUAUUAACGCUGUACCAAAGGGCGCAGGUCAUCACCAAGGUAACCAGAGUCAAAAGGAGCUUCAGAGGGUGACGUUUGGUGGAAAGGGAUCAGAGUCGGGAAAGUUUAACGGUCCGGUUGGUGCUACGAUGUCAGGGAGAGGGGACCUGGUCUUUGUAGCAGACUGUGGGAACCAGAGGAUCCAGGUCUUCAACCUGCAGGGAACGUUUGUCCGACAGUUCCCAACAGUUGUGCCAGAGGAACAGAUCCUAGGCCAGGGGAGUCUGCCACCACUGUCCACAGUAACAACAACUAUCUCUGACAAAAAGUACAUGAGACCAUGCGACGUGGUCAUGGACAAGAUAGAAAAGCUGUGGGUGGUGGGGAGUGUAAGCCCUGCCAACUUAGCCGUGCAGUACAACAAACAUGGCUGGAUGCUGGGGAAAAUAGACCUCAAGAACUCAUGGUGGGACAGAGGAGUUGCCGUGGACACCAAGAGGAACCACAUCCUGGUGACUGACAUUACUGGAGAAUGGUGCUUGAAUGGUGGUGACCUGUAUGCUCGAGUACAGGUGUUCAGGACAGAUGGGAAACUAGUGAGAACUGUGGAUCAGCAUCAAGGGAUUGGGUACCCACAGUACAUGAACAUCACUGUGGACGGGGUGGGGAGGAUUCUUGUAUCAGACUGGGACAACCACUGUGUUUCUGUGUACAACAAGGCCGGAGGGUUUUUGUUCCAGUUUGGAGGUUUGGGAAGUGGUGAAGGUCAGUUGAAGCAUCCCUGUGGCAUCUGUACAGACAGGGCAGGGAACAUCAUCGUGGCAGACAAGGGAAACGGCCGUGUGGAGAUGUUUGACAAAAGAGGAAAAUUCCUCAAACACAUCGCUACAGACAUGGAGGGCCCACAGGCUGUUGCCAUGGCAACACAGGGACACCUGAUAGUGACUGAUUGUAGUAGCCACACAGUCACCAUAUUUUCCAACUUCUAAACUGGGGCAAGUAAGGGCUAAGCUACAGUGAUGCUCUGAAAUCACAGAAUUUUAUU